UGCCUUCUGGAUCAGAUGCAGCCUCCUGGCGGAUUACAGACAGACUGCGCGCAGCUACUGAUAAAAAAAAGGCUUUGAAUGAGGAAAACCUCGAGCCUGCUUCUCUGCUUACUGUCACAUGGGUCCAAAGAGGGAAAAAAAGCGCUUCCUGAAAUGACUGUCGUCAUUGUCUGCAUGAUCUGUGGUUUCUCUACUACAGCGGCAUCGCGCUGCGUUCAGGUUUAGUGCGGCUCUGUUGGCGGCCAGCGUCGGUGCCGAUGAUGAUCAGCAAGGUAAAAAACGCCAUGUCCAACCUGGUCGGAGGAAUGAUGCCGCACGGACACCAUCACCACCACAACCACCACGCGGGGGGCGCGCAGACCUGCGGACCCGACGGCUUGCCGCCGCGUUUCCCCUACGGCCGGCCGGAGUUCCUAGAGCUCACCCCGGAGCUGCUACAGUACUCCACCGAGCACGCAUCCCGGCCGGUGCUGACGCUCAAGAGAGGCACCAGGCUUCCCUGGAGGACUGGAUAUGCAGAGGUGAUCAAUGCAGGGAAGAGCAUGCUGAAUGAGGACCAGGCCUGCUGCGAGAAGCUGUUUGUGAAAAAGCCAAGUGGAAAACACAGAAAUUCCACUCUGCUGGACAACAAUGCGGAUGGCACAGGAAUCCCUCUUCACUUCUGGGGAGUGUUUGAUGGACAUGCAGGUUCUGGCGCCGCCAUCAUGGCCUCCAAGCUUCUUCACCACCUCAUCAAAGACCGACUUGGAGAAAUCUGUCAUCUCCUGGAGAACCCCAGCAGCGCACCCCCUAUUUGCUUGGCCAAGAACGGAAACCCGUUUCAGGUGGAGUCAAAGAAAGGAGCGUCUCAGGAACCAGAAGACCCUGAUGCUGUCUGCGACUCCUCAGUUCGCUUUUACAUGGAGAAAGUUGUCAGCUUAGAAAGCCUAAUUAUGGGAGUCAUAGAGACUGCUUUUAAACAAAUGGAUGACCUAAUUGAAAAGGAAAAAGCUUCUUAUGCCAUUUCCGGUGGCUGUUGUGCCUUAGCUGCCAUUCAUUUAAUGGGAAAACUCUAUGUGGCCAAUGCUGGGGACAGCAGGGCCAUAAUCAUUCGAAACAAAGAAGUAAUUCCCAUGACUAAUGAAUUCACACCAGAGUCAGAGAGACAGCGGUUGCAAUAUCUGGGCUUCCUAAGGCCAGAACUCUUGGGAAAUGAGUUCACUCACAUUGAGUUCCCUCGCAGGAUCCAGCACAGUGAGCUGGGGAAAAAAAUGUUGUACAGAGACCACACUAUGACGGGCUGGGCUUAUAAAACAAUCAUAGAAGAUGAUCUGAAAUUCCCCCUCAUAUAUGGAGAAGGUAAAAAGGCUCGUGUGAUGGCAACAAUCGGAGUGACCCGCGGACUGGGAGACCACGACCUGAAGGUGUACAACUCCAACAUUUACAUCAAGCCUUUCCUGUCAUGUGUGCCUGAGGUAAAGGUUUACAACUUGGAGGAAAACAAACAUGGUCCAGAUGACGUCCUGGUGAUGGGCACAGAUGGUCUGUGGGACGUGACGACAGACAGGGAUGCGGCAGAAGCCGUGUCCACAUACUUGGCCUGCUGUGACCCCUCUGAUCCCAUGAGAUACACACUGGCAGCGCAGGAUCUGCUGAUGAGGUCACGUGGCGUGCUGAAGGAGCGAGGCUGGCGGCUCGCCAACGAUAGAUUGGGUUCUGGAGAUGACAUCACUGUGUUUGUCAUUCCACUGGUGGGGCAUGAGACAGACACUUGAUGAAGCCAGUGGUAAUGGCUGCUAAGACCGGUCUCUGUUGGGAGAAAAAAGGUGAUGGGGGAGGAAAUUGUUUUUGACAUCAGGACGACGUGUGCAGCACCUUUGUCAGCUGUCUGUUUCAAACCCAGUUUCUUCAUAUUCUCCUUUGGUUAAAGUCAGUUGUGCAGCAAAACAUGCUUAUGUGACAUUACCUGAGGAGUUUUUGCAACAGAAAGGAUGCUGCUUAAUCUUGAACAUUUGUCAUUUUCAUGUCACACCCAAAUUGUUGCUGUUUUUUGUAAGGCAUAAGAAAUGUAGCAGUUUCUGUUUUGUUUUUUAUUUUUUUUAUUUUAAAGUCAUAAAAAAUGGAGCAGUUUCCAUAUUAAACGUAACAGGAGUUGCAAUGGAGGAGCAUUUCCCAAUCCUGGUGGUCAAGCUCUAAUUGUUUCCCAUCCCUAGCUUCUUUAUGAAGCUUUGGAGGAGACGGUGAAAGACUCUGGUGUGUUGGAGCAGGGCAACAUUUUGGGCGUUUUGGAGCUGGAUGGAGAAACUCUUCAAGAAUGUUCGGAAACCAAAGACAUGCUGAUAAGUUAUUAGGAAUGAAAAUAAAAAAAAUAAAAAGUCAUUAUGUGCAUGUCUGUACAUAUGAAGCCACUUAGAACAGAAGAUCCAUUUCCUGUCCAGGACAAGUCAGAGCUGGCUGACAAUCAGUUAACAGCUGAGAAGUUCAUGCAUGAACCAGCUCAUGAUUUUUACUAGAUUUGUUUGUACAGUAAAAAAAAGAAUGAAGAGGACCUAAAAACAGAGGAAUGGACCCAUAUGCGUCUAGACCCUUACAGAAGUAGCUAUAAAUAUUUGUUGCAGUAUUCCUGUCAAUGACUGAAAGAUUGUCGCCCAUGCCUGUAGCCUGUUUGCUUUUGUUCUAACAUUUUGAUACAAGACUUGUUGUUUGUUUUCUCAUGAAAGGUGAGCUGACACUUUUACAUGUAAAAGUCUGAAGCCUUUAUUUACGUGUUUUCUUUAUUGAACUUUCAGAGCAGUUCUUCAUAGAUGUGUCAGUAUUGUAAAAAGUGAUUAAUAUUGAACACAAAUAUGCCUUAUGAAAAUGGGAAAGGGACUUGAUUUCACCUCUUUCAAUGCACUAAAUUAAAUUCACCUACACAUUAUAUGCCCUCAUGUAUACCUCUUACCUACUUUGCACCAUUUUUGUUACGCCAUGUCAUACCGCUUAUAUUUUGAAAGACAACAUCUUUGACACGGUUUGACAAAAGUUUUUUUUCAAGUAUUAUUAUUAUUUUAUUUGUCCAUACAUAUUGAACCUGAGCUACAAGAAUGUGUGGUAGAAGGAAGUGUUCCAGUUGGGAUAUGCAGAAGAAUCCUCUUCCUUGUACUGAAUGUGUUUAUUAUUGCCUGCUUGUAGAAACCUGCCAUCUCCUUAUUUCCAGUUGCUCUCCAUCCUCCUAGGAAAACUCACUUUCAGUGUUUGCAGUCAGCUGAUGGAUGGGAAAAAAACAGCAAAUAUGCUGGUUUUGUUUAGAAAGGGUAAGUUAAUUUAUGGUUUGCAUUCUGUAAGUGAAAGUACAGUUAUCUACAGAAAUGUUCUCACAAGUAAAGCCUUUCCCUGCAUGUCUUAGUAUCAGGUUCAAGUUGCAAAUGUUGUUUUUUCCUUCAUCAAGUUUUACUGUACAGUAUGUUACAUGGAAAGAUUACACCACCGGUGGAUGUAAGUCCUAAAAUCCUUCUUUCAAUAAAUUCACUUAUUGGUUCUUAUUAAAAA